AACGUACUGGUCAUGGUCCAUCUCAGGCAGAUCCUGUGCUACGGUUCCGUUCGGAUCUCAGUUCCAGAGGAGCAGGAGGCUGGGGUCUGGGUCGGGUCCAUCGGGUCCACGUCCCCCCCCCCCUACCAGCUCCUGACCCAGGUCUACCUCAGGGUGGACCAGGGGACAGGGGAUGUCUACACGACCGACCACAGGUGGUUAUUUAUUGAAACUCAUUCUAGAUGAUGUGAUAGCCUUCAGGCCUUUUGACUGUUUCUUUACCUAACUGGAUGGAUUUUUGCACUUCUUUGAUGUUUAUUGUUGCUGUAUGUUUUUAAUGUAUACCUUCUGCUGAUAAAGAAACUUCCUCUUGACUAGUAGCAAAGUAAUACACUACAUGGCCAAAAGUAUUUGGACACCUGCUCGUCGAACAAAAUCAUGGGCAUUAAUAUGGAGUUGGUCCCCCUUUGCUGCUAUAACAGCCUCCACUCUUCUGGGAAGGCUUUCCACUAGAUGUUGGAACAUUGCUACAGGACUUGCAUCCAUUCAGCCACAAGAGCAAUGGUGAGGUCGGGCACUGAUGUUGGCCGAUUAGGCCUGGCUCGCAGUCGGCAUUCCAAUUCAUCCCAAAGGUGUUCGAUGGGGUUGAGGUCAGGGCUCUGUGCAGGCCAGUCAAGUUCUUCCACACCGAUCUCGACAAACCAUUUCUGUAUGGACCUCGCUUUGUGCACAGGGGCAUUGUCAUGCUGACGUUGCUUCCAGAGGCAGUUUGGAACUAGGUAGUAAGUGUUGCAACCGAGGACAGAUUAUUUUUACACGCUAAGCGCUUCAGCACUCUGCGGUCCCGUUCUGUGAGCUUGUGUGGCCUACCACUUUGUGGCUGAGUUGUAGUUGCUCCUAGACGUUUCCACUUCACAAUAACAGCACCUCCAGUUGACCGGGGCAGCUCUAGCAGGGCAGAAAUGUGACGAACUGACUUGUUGGAAAGGUGGCAUCCUAUGACGGUGCAACGUCGAAAGUCACUGAGCUCUUAAGUAUGGGCCAUUCUACUGCCAAUGUUUGUCCAUGGAGAUUGCAUGGCUAUCUGUCAGCAACAGGUGUAGCCAAAUCCACUAAUUUGAAGGGGUGUCCACAUACUUUCGUACAUACUGUAUAGUGUAUGUUGUAACAGUAAUAUAUCCAUCUAUCUAUUGCAGGAUGGACCGAGAGGUCUUGUGUCCUGACCAACCCCAGGCUGGGGAGUGUAUCGUCCCACACGACGCCAUUGUGGGCCCUGAGGCAGAGCUGGUGAAGUUCAUGGUGGUUGUAGAGGACAUCAAUGACCACACUCCUCACUUUGACAACACUGAGAUCCACCUGAGUGUCUCUGAGGAUGUGGCUGUGGGGACCAGUUUCUUAUUGGACGACCGGGCAGAGGACAGAGACAUUGGACGUAACGGACAGCUGCAGUACCACCUAGAGGGAGCCGGUGGGUUUUUCAGUGUGACAGUAGAAGAAGAAGAAGAAGCAGCCAUUUUGUUUUUGGUUGUGCGACAAGGACUAGACCGCGAGAAGCAGGAUCUUCAUGAGAUGACUCUAGUGGCCACAGACUGUAGCUUUACUCCACUAAGCGCCACAGCAACUUUAUUCAUAAAAGUGACUGACGUGAACGAUAACUGCCCAAAGUUUACACUGGACAGCCCCCAGAAGGUGGUUAUUACAGUGGACACACCCAGAGACACAGCAGUAGCCAGGGUCAGAGCCACAGACCUAGACCUGGGCCCCAACGCUGCUAUAACCUACUCCCUCAGCCCCAAGAUCUCAGAACGGGCCAGGGAACUCUUCAGUCUGGACAGUCACACUGGCCUGAUCAGCCUGAGAGGAGACCUCAGAGACCGCCACAGUGACAGUGUUAGUGUUAGUGACAGGGGAGAGGAGGUGGUGUUGAAAGUGUUAGCCAGCGGCCCCCACUGCCCCCCUGCAGACACUCAGGUAACCGUAUCCCUGCUCCCCGCGCCAUACCAGGAGAAUGGCAUAAAGAUCAGGUUCAUAGCAGAUCAUCAAAACCAGACAAUAGUGUUACAGGAAAAUCAGCCCCCCACUGUCUUGGCUUUGCUAGAGCUGCCGGGGAACACUAGUAGUGUUAGAGGCUCAUCGUCUCUCUCCAUUGAAGGAGAGGUGCCGUUUUCUUUGAGCCUGCAGAACGGCAAAUAUCUCCUGUCGACAUCAAAGCCCUUAGACUACGAGAUGAAGAGUGAAUAUCAUGUUUCUGUAGUGAUGCGUGGUAGUGUCGGGGAGACUGCAGCUCAGGGCUUCCCUAGGAGAGUGAUCCGGGUGAGGGUGGUGGAUGUGAAUGAUAAUGCUCCACAGUUUCUCCAGAGUCCCUAUCUGAUAGACAUAGAGGAGAAUAACCCUGCUGGGGCGUUUCUGCUUAAAGUCAGGGCGCAGGAUGCAGACAGCAGUCAGAACGGGCAGGUCACCUACAAACUGGGCCAACCAUCACACACAGCGGCAGCCAUUUUUAGAAUCGACCAGAACACAGGUCAGCUGACAGUUUCUGUACCCCUGGACAGGGAACAACAGGACGUUCACAGACUGACAGUUGUAGCCAGAGAUAAUGGCGUUCCUCCAUUAGAGUCCUCUGCGACGGUGACGAUCACCGUCCUGGACCAGAAUGAUAACGCUCCUGUCUUCCUCACCCCUCACUUCAUCUUCUUCAUCCCUGAGAAUAUACCUCCCCUGGCCCAGGUGGGGAAGGUGGGGGUGUCGGACUUGGACGCAGGGCUUAACGGGGAGGUGGAGGUGAGGGUGGUGAACAGCAGUGUCGGCCCCUUCGUCAUAGACAACGCCCAGGGGAUGCUGCGCUGCAUGGCCGACAUCGACCGCGAGAAACAGGACCGCUACGAGUUAGAUCUCCUUGCCACCGACAACGGACGCCCGUCACCUCUGACCUCCGUCGCCAGGGUAACCGUGUUCAUCGAGGAUGUCAACGACAACCAGCCCCAGGUCAUCCUACCCAGCAGCAACCUGUCGUGUCUCACCAUCUCCACGGGGACCACCACGGGCACCAUGGUAACCAAGAUCUACGCCAUCGACAAGGACUCAGGGUUAAACUCUGAGAUCACAUACACCAUUGCAGCUCGGGAACCACCGGGCACCUAUCCAUCAUCCCAUCAGCACGGUGACAGCAGCAGCAGUCCCUUCCAGCUGGGCGCUCGGUCCGGUAACGUGACCUUAGCCCAGAGACUCAUGGGUAAGGACCUGGGGAUGCACCACCUGUUCAUCGUGGUGACUGACGGUGGGAAACCAGUUCCCCUCCACACCACCAUCUGGGUCAACCUGCUGGUCAACGACACCUUGGAACCAUGCCACCUGGACAUCAUGCCAAGAUCCCUGCCCUAUAGACCGGCACAGACGCCCCCCGAAACACCCUCUGAGACGCCCGUCUGCGACAGACAUGCUCAGUUGAUCCUGCUGCUAGGCCUGGGCAUGAUGGUGGCCUCGCUCUGUCUGUUUCUGGUGACAGUUGUUUUAUACAUGAAACAGAGGAAGAGAUCUAGAGGAGAACGGCAGCAGAGGAGGCAGGUAAAGGAGAAUCAGAUUCCUCUACGCAUUCAGGAGAGAUAUUCUUCAGGAGAAGCGUUAUAA